CGGUGCACACCAGUAGCAGCUCCCUCUUUAACCUCCCCCCCAACACGCCAACCCCCCUUCUUGUCUUCUGUAUCCCCCACCUCUUCUGUAUCCUUACUCGUGCCUUCUUUACUAUCUCCCCAAACUCAUUUUGCUCCCACUCUUCUUGCCCUCUAGUUUUUGCCCUGUCUCCUCUGUAAUCUCCUAUAUCGGCUCUUUCCUAUCCUUUUCUUUCCUUCCUUCCCUCCGCACACCCCCUACUUUCCCAUAAUCUAUUCCUGGACCUUUUUGUAGCUAUUGUUGGACUACAAUUCCCAGCAGUCACUGACAGCUAUAACAUGUCGGAGGAUGCUUGCAGUUGUAGAUCAACAACAGUUUAAGGCCCACAGGUUGGACUUUUCCCGCAACCCCCCUCCAUCGUAUCCUCUGUUCCCCUUACUUUCUGGCAAGCAUAAAUAUUAGUGCAUGUGUUGUGAAAAUUAGUGCCUGUGAAAUGUGGGAGAUCUGAACCCAAACAAUUGACUUUUUCUUUAAUUUUCUGCACCAGGGUGAGAGAGAGGAGGGUAAAUGCAUGUUCUCAGAUUUCACGUGCAGUGGGGCCUUUUUUUUUUUUUUGCAUGGUGGGUCAAAAAGCAUGAGAAGUGAAAAUUGGCUCCUUAAAUCUGCAGUAGUCCUGGCUUAGGCUGCAGUAGCCACCGUCUGCUCAAGGAGGGUCAAGUUCAGACUCAGAAGAGGGGAAAAAAGAGUGAAAGAAACAAGGCUUUUGUGUGUUGUUCUCUUUUUUUGUUGUUUGUUUCUUUUUGCUCCACUAAAUGAACUUCCAGGUCAUUUUCAUUGUGACUUAAAGGAGCCCUUCACUGCAGGACAUGUGAAAACAUGAGAUAAUGGAUGGGAUUUUUCUUUUCUUCUUUUUUUGUGUGUUUUAUUUUUUUCUUUUUUCAAGUGACUAAAAUCUGAAAACCCACAAUUACAUAAAGUCUCACUGCUGCAAAUUUCGUGUUGAUCAUGAGAAGUGCUGGGAUCCAGGGGCAAUGAUGAGUAUUACACUGACACUGUACUCUGCCCUUUACAAAAUGAGAUACAACGUUGGUUAAACAAAGGCAAAGCUUCGACACAAGGAUAUGGUCCGGAAAAAGAACCCCCCUCUGAGAAACGUUGCGAGUGAAGGUGAAGCACAGAUAACAGAGUCUGCUGCAUCUGAGAGAGAAGAAGUUAUUAGGAGCAAGGACAUUUCCACAGAUCCGAUGCAAGAAAAUAGUGAACAAAGUGACUCGGUGGAACACAACAGUGAUGACCAUAGCUUUCACGAUCAAGAGCCUUCUUCCAGCAUCAACAAGGACUCUGAAAGCUUGGCAUUAAGUGAAAAAGCUGUAGUGAACUACAGCCACCUUAAGGGAAGAAAUGUUUCUUUUUCUCCAAUGGAGCUGACGGACAGAAACAUGUUAGCAUUAGUUACAGCAGAUACUAGAUCUGCUUGUGAUCCUCUUAAGUCCCCAAUAAAAUCAGAAGCCGAUGACACCCAAGAACUGGCCUCAGCUAUGUCUGUGGACAGUUUGGAGGCCAAAGAGGAAAAUGAUAUGUCACCAAGGGCUACUGACUUCACAAUGCAAUGUGUCAAAAUAGACUGUCAAAGCUCAAGUCCAGCUUCGGUGGCCUCAGAUAACCUACAUGUGCCUUCAGAUGGGAUUGCAGGGCUGAACAAAUCUCAAGCUGUUCUGCUGGUCAAUGACAAUUCUGAUUCAGCACCUUUAUCCCCAGAGCUUCAGGAUUUUAAAUGCAACAUUUGUGGGUAUGGAUACUAUGGAAAUGACCCCACAGACCUUAUUAAACACUUCCGUAAAUACCAUCUCGGCCUGCACAACCGAACCAGGCAAGAUGUUGAACUUGACACCAAAAUCCUGGCACUUCACAAUAUGGUACAAUUUAGUCAAUCCAAAGAUUUCCAGAAGAUGAAUCGUUCUGUGCUUUCAGGGGUUUUGCAGGACAUCAACUCUCCGAGACCUGUUCUGCUAAAUGGAACAUAUGACGUGCAGGUAACCUUUGGUGAAACAUUUAUUGGCAUUGGGCGUAAAACUCCAGACUGCCAAGGAAACACCAAGUACUUUCGCUGCAAAUUCUGCAACUUCACGUACAUGGGCAACUCGGCCACAGAGUUGGAGCAACACUUUCUUAAGACGCAUCCUAACAAAAUGAAAAUGUCCUCUGAUUCUGGUAAACCUUCUGAGAAAAGCACCAAUAAAUCAAGCCCCAUUCCUCGUUCAUGUGAGCCUGGAGAUUUGGGAAAGUGGCAAGAAAAAAUCACUGUUAAAGCAGCAGAUGAUAUACCUGUUGGAUAUGCAGUACCCAUUAAACCAGUAGAUUCCUGCAGGCAAAAUGGUACAGAUGAUACCAACUACUACUGGUGCAAGUUUUGUAGUUUCAGCUGCGAAUCAUCCAGCAAUUCCAAACUGUUAGAGCACCACAGCAAACAGCAUGGGGGAGGGAAAUCAGAAAGCCCAAAUUCAGAUUUGAAUGACGAGAUCUUCAGGGGAUCGGUCAUAAAUCAAAAUGAAAUUACCAAAAGUUCUGAUGAACAGCUCCCAACAAAAAUAGACAAAGGAUUGGCAAAAAAGAAAGAUGUCUCCAGUGUACCAACUGAGGAUAUUAUAGUUACAAACUACAAUUGUCAAUUUUGUGACUUUAGGUACUCUAAGAGCCAUGGCCCCGAAGUAAUAUUGGUUGGGCCUCUUCUACGCCAUUAUCAGCAGCAUCACAAUAUUCACAAAUGUACUAUUAAGCAUUGUCCAUUUUGUCCCAGAGGCCUUUGCACCCCCGAAAAGCACCUUGGAGAAAUUACUUACCCGUUUGCUUGCAAAAAAAGUAAUUGUUCUCACUGUGCUCUCUUGCUGUUGCACUUGUCUUCUGGGGGGACAGAGAGCACAAGAGUUAAACACCAGUGUGAUCAAUGCUCAUUCUCCUCUCCUGAUGUAGAUGUCCUCCUGCUUCAUUAUGAGAAUGCACAUGAAGCCCAGGCAUGUGAGAUCAAGCAGGAACUGAAUCACCAGCAUGGGGCCGAUGGGCAGCCGAGCAUCAAAGAAAGCAAAGAACACUCAUGUACCAAAUGUGACUUUAUUGUCCAGGUGGAAGAAGAUCUGUCCCGACACUACAGGAGGGUGCAUAACUGCUACAAAUGUCGUCAGUGCAACUUUACAGCAGCAGACACCCAGUCACUAUUGGAUCACUUUAACUCUGCUCAUUGUCAGGAGUUUGAAAUCACUACAUCUAAUGGAGGGGAGCAUCAUGGAACAUCUUCUAUUAAGGAAGAACCAAAAACUGAUCUAAAAGUGUAUAAUCUUGUCACUCCUGAUUCCAAAAUGGGAGAAGCCAUAUUUGACAGCACUGUGAAAAAAGAGAAGCUUGAGGAUAAGGAAACACUCAGGGAGAAAGCUUGGUCUGAUGGUUCUGUUGAUGAUCUUCGAGGUGUUGCCUGGCGAGCACCAGACAUUUUAAGAACAAGCCCAUCUUACUCACAGAUGGGCUUGGGUCUUUUAACCACAGUGUCUGUAAAUCAAGAUCAACAAAAAUCCUCACGAGACAGCCCCAAUGUGGAAUCAGCGCAUCUAGCAAGGCCACUGUAUGGCAUGUCUAUAGAACCUAAGGGAUUUCAAGGAGUGACAGCAGGUUCUAGUGGAGAAAGGUCUGGUCAGCAUACACCACAGUAUCCAACUGCAGGAGAUAGCAAAGCAAAGGAUGAAUCCCAGUCACUGCUAAGGAGGCGUAGAGGAUCUGGCGUUUUCUGUGCCAACUGUCUGACCACAAAGACAUCUCUCUGGAGGAAAAAUGCCAAUGGUGGCUAUGUCUGCAAUGCGUGUGGCCUUUACCAGAAACUUCACUCGACUCCCAGACCGUUAAAUAUAAUUAAGCAGAACAAUGGUGAGCAGAUCAUUAGGAGACGAACAAGAAAGCGCCUUAACCCAGAAGCACUGCAGCCUGAACAGUUAAAUAAACAUCAAAGAGCAAGUAGUGAAGAACAAGCUAAUGGAAGUCCUUUAGAAAGAAGGUCAGAGGACCACUCAAUGGAAGGUCAUCAAAGAGAAAAUCAGCAGCUUAGUAUGAAUAAAUAUGAGUCCCAAGCUUCAUUGACUAAAAGCCAUUCUGCACAGCAGACCAUUAUUGUCAGCCAAACCAUGGAUAUCCACAAACGGAUGCAACCUUUGCACAUUCAGAUAAAAAGCCCUCAGGAAAGCAGUGGAGAACCAGGAAAUAGCUCAUCUGUUUCUGAUGGCAAAGGAAGCUCAGAAAGAGGGAGCCCAAUUGAAAAAUACAUGAGACCUAUAAAGCAUCCUAAUUACUCUCCACCUGGAAGCCCAAUAGAAAAAUAUCAGUACCCACUCUUUGGACUUCCUUUUGUUCACAAUGACUUCCAGAGUGAAGCUGACUGGCUGAGAUUCUGGAGUAAAUAUAAGCUGUCAGUUCCUGGAAAUCCGCACUACUUGAGUCAUGUGCCUGGCCUGCCAAAUACCUGCCCAAAUUAUGUGCCUUACCCCACCUUUAAUCUGCCUGCUCAAUAUUCCUCUGUUGGGUCAGAAAAUGACAUUCCUCUAGAUUUGGCAAUGAAGCAUUCCAGACCUGGAUCAGGAACAAAUGGGGCCUCAAAAGAAAAAUCUAAGUCACCAUUGAGUGCAAAGUAUGAUGGUCCUUUGAAUGUAACUAAAACAGAGAAAUCAGAUAAAAGUACGCAAGAUGAACUUUCAACAAAAUGUGUGCACUGUGGCAUUGUCUUUCUGGAUGAAGUUAUGUAUGCUCUACAUAUGAGUUGCCAUGGGGAAAGUGGACCUUUUCAAUGUAGUAUAUGCCAACAUCUUUGCACGGACAAGUAUGACUUCACAACUCAUAUUCAGAGAGGCCUACAUAGGAACAUUGCACAAGCUGAAAAGAAUGGAAAAACUAAAGAGUAAAACUUUAGCACUUAGCACAAUUUAGUAGAAAUAGGUUUUCUGAAUAGAAAUCCAGUGGCUUGUAACUUCUAAUGAGGGCCAGUAAAGCACUUCCUCGGGCAUGUUUAAAUGCUAAUAUUCUUUUAAAUGACAAGUUGUCAAGUAUUUCCGAUAAGUAAGUAGCAUUUCCAGCAUAAAACCAGUGCAGGUAUGGGGUGCUUGGAUCUACCAUGCUUUAAGGCUACAAAAACAUAUUUAAAAAAAAAAGAUUGUUUUGCCAUCAACAUGGAUUUAUGCUAGCUACAGUAUUCAAAUACAAGGUACUCUCUUAUUAAAUAGAAAAAAAAAACAAAUCAGCUAAAAUUAAGACUUGUUUUGUUUAAAUAGGAGUCCAUGGAAAAUUGCAUAUUUUGGGGUUUCUGGAUAGCAGAUUCCAAAUGUAUUUAUUUCCCAUAAACGUUUCUGAAAAGAGUAUAUUAUUAAAUAAAUAUAAAAUUUCAAUAGUAUCAUAACACCUGUAAUAUAAUUCAAAAUCUUUUUAACAGUAUAUGAUUAACUAAGAAGGUCUUUUUGCAUAAAUGUUUUCUAAAUUUUGUUUAUGUUAAAUGCUAAUUAUACAAUUACUUACUGCAUACAAUAAGAUGUUCCUUGUAGAAUAAUUUACUUAAAACUGUACCACAUCAUUUUGCAUCUUUCACCUCCAACAAAAGCAGACCCAGGAAGAUACCCCCCUUUUUAAAAAUAUUUUCCAAUUGUCCAAAUGGGAAUACCAAGCAGAUUUCUAUGAUAAUGAUGCAAAAAAUUAUUUUGCAAUCAUGCAAGGUUAAACUGACUUCUCCUCGUGCUUACUGAAUAUCAUGCAUUAUGCAGGUUGCAUUAUUUAGAAUAUAAACCUGAAUUAAGUAAAUUCUGCAAGUGUUCCAAGACUGGUAUAAUUUUGUUUAAAAUAUAGAUUUUACUUUUUAAGCUACAGCACAAAAUAAUAUGAUCUCGAAAUUUGCCUGUCCUGGAAAUUCAUGCUUAAAAAAUAAAAGUAAACAUAAAAAAUACUUGUUCUCAGGGACAACUCUUGCAGAAGAUUUUGUCAUUUACCAAUAAAAAUCCUUAUUAUAAACAUAUAACAGACACCAAACUAUUCAAAUAAAUAAGUGUUGUUUAGUGAUGGAUUCACUGAAUAAUGCAAAGAUAUUUUUUCAGGUCAAGGCUUUAUAAUAAAUUUGAAUAUGAAACCUAAAUCUAUCUUAAAUUUGAUUAGGCAUAAAUUGAACUUACUAGGCAAUUCUAUUCAGUUUUUUUGUAAAAAUGUUUGCGUUGUCCCUUACAUUAUAGAAUUGUUGUUGUUGUUUGGAAAAACAUAGAGAUAUUUAAAUAUAGUUUUGCCUUUAACAUUUCACAUCAAAGUCCUAACCCAAAAAGGACAUAUACUGUUUUUCUCUCUCAACUGGAUGAUACCUUUACUAUAAUUAUUUUACUAUAGGACUUAAGUUCCUCAACAAAGGGAAUAGGAAACUCUCCUUAGCAUGAAUUCUCAGGGACACAUGGUAAAUACUUGAUUUAUAACAGUAUAAUCAUUUUCUCUGCAUGUUUAGGCCACACUUUUUGCAAAACAUUAGAUAUAGGAGCACUUCAAAACAUUUAUUUUUGAUAUUGUAAUGCAUAAGAAAGGUCGUGGGUACCCAAAUGGGGGGCUCUAUGAAUCACUAUUAGAAUAGUAGUUGAGUAGUGCAACUAGAGGUCCAUCAGUUGGAUGUCCCUAUAUAGAUGUUACAAGCUACUGGAUAGUCUGUCAGAUUGUCCUUUUUCAGUAACGAAGUUGGGAGAACAAAGUCUUAUUUUUCUAGUAAUUAUUAAUGUAUUACAUUUCAAAUAAUGGUGCCUGACAUUAAAUAAUUAUUUUCUACUAUGUACGUAUGCAACGAAGAUAUUACAUCAUGCAUUAGAGUCGGUCUGGCUCAGCCUCACUGUUUACAUUUUGCAGAUGUAGCAAAUAUGGUAAUGAAGCAACUAUUUCUAUUGCAGUAGUUGAUUUUACUCCCCAUCCCCUGUUAUCCUAUAACUCUGUGGAUGCCAACAGAGAAGAUGACAAUGCCUUGGGUGCCGUGUCUCUGUACUUGGGAGUGAACAUUAAUCUGUUACAUGAAACAAAUGUGUUUGCAAAUUGUAGGAAAAAUAAGAAGGAUUACUUAUCUAGGAUAAAAGGGUAGCACUAUUCAUUCCAAGUACUUUUGUAUUCUUAAGGUGUUAACUCACAUUGUUAUGCUUUAGAAUGAUUCUUGUAUAUCCUUUUUAUUGCUUUGUGUAUGUUACAUUUGAAACAUUUCAGAGUUUCUCUUAUGCUCUGUAUGAAUUGCAGCAGGUAUGUUUAUUGCAUUGUUUGUUAGCAUCGCUCAUCAUUUUACAUUGGUCAGCCUUUUGAUUUUUUUUUUGUAAAUUGGGCAUGGGUGGGUUAUGUAUUAGACAUAGCUCUCCCCCACUAGUUUAUGUAGUCCCAAUGUACUGUAGCAUUGCAUUGAUUAAAAACUUCAUCAGUGCUAAUAUUUUACAGUAAAUAAAAUCCAAUGGGCUAAAAACUAUUAUACUGUAUGUCUUUGAAGGCUUAUUACAUAAAAUGAAGGCAAAAUGCUUACUGUUUGUUUUUAUUUGCAUGUUAAUUAUAAAAGGUCUUAAGAACAUUAAAUUACCAUACAGGACAUAUUGAGAUGUGAUGAAAGAAAUAACAUAGAGAACUAUAGCUUAACAUUUUUUAAUAGAAGAUUAAAUGCCAUUCUUUGCUUCAGAAUCAGGAAAUUCAGAAAAAUGUUCCAUAUUAACUGCACACUUUUCAGAUGAGGAAUAUAUAGAUGUUAGAAUUAUCCAUGUUAGAAUUAAACUUGUUCCUAGUUUGCUUAUGCCUGUUUGAACAGGAAUCUCUGUCUUCCUCCCUGUUGCUAAACUUUAAUUACCUGAACAACUAGACUAUAUCAUUCAACAUUACCUUGAGAGUCAUGUUCAGUGUCAAGAGGAGUCCUUAUGUGGGGCUUCACUAUCUGCAGUCCCAGCUAUAACCGCAAUGAAAGGGAGGGAAAGAGGGGGAUAGUUAAAGGGUAAUAAUGUGAUAGCAGGACAAGAUAUUGGCAGAAAUACUUUGUGUUGCCCAACCUGUGGCCCUUUAUUUGGUGUUAAAUUACAAUAACAGCACCCAUCAACAGCCAAAGGCUGUACCAAUGAAAUACAAUAUAUAGUAUAGUGCACUCAAAUAGACCUACUUGAAUAUGUUUGUAUAAUAAUGUAAUAUAUUCACUUGUGUCUCAUAGACACUUAAAAAAUGAUAUCUUGCCCAAGGCUGAGUUCAUUUGCUAGUUCAAGUACUGAAAUCCUUGCAUAGCAUCCCAUCUAAAAAAAUAAAUAAAUAAAAAAAGAAAAAUGUUUUUAUUUAAUACUGCAUGAGUUUGAGUGAAAGCUUUGCUCAAGCACAAUAUAUAAAGGUACAUUUACAUAACUGUCAUUCAUUACUUUCAUAGCUUAAAUAUUUAUACAUUCAGCUGCACAAGAGCAUCUCACCAAACUAACGACGCACUACACUCUUUCUAUGGCCAAUAAGGUGGUGAUGCUUUUGUUUAAUAAUUCAUUAAUGUCUUCCAGUGCUUUCUUUUAUUUUCCAUUUUAUACCACAGAUGUGUAUUUUUCAAAGUAUCUAUGUUACCCGAUUUGACAAUAAGAUCUGACCUAUUUGGUGAUUCCCUAAAGAAAAUCCCAAUAGAAAUUUUAAAAAACAUAUUAAAAAACAUAUUAUUUAAGCAUAUUUACUUAUUUACUAUAAUUAAAAAAAAAAUUACAAACCAUUUUCAUAUAAUAACUUGUAUUUCAUAUGCUACCUGCAAGCAGGUAUAUUUGCUUUUUUUAUUAGUGAUAGAAAAAUUUAUUCUAUAUUUUUUGUAUAUUACUACAGUCAAGUUCAAGCUAAAGAUCCAUUGCAUUUUUUAUGUUAAAAAAGGCAUUAUUGACAAUAUUUUAGUGUACAUUGCAAUGCCAUGUUUUAAGUGUGGAAAUAAAUGUGUUUAGAUUAUAAAACCUUAAUAUCUGUUAAAACCAUUUAUUGAUUUUGUGAUUAUUGGAUUCAAUUUAGAUUUUAAUUUAAAGUUAAUGACCUCACACAAGCUAAAUAUCCUUUAGAGGAAAGAAAAAAACAAAAAAGUUUUAAAAAAUGCAAAAAAAAAAAAAAAGGAUAUCUGUAUAUGAGCCACCUAAGAGCCCUUUUCCUUUGGCACAUCUUAUACCUAGAUAAAAUAACGGGUGCAUUUAACUGUCCAUUUUUUCUUGGUAUUCAAAUUAAAGUUAAUACUAGAUAGCCUAAAAUCAUAAUGAAGAAUUGACCAUUGGUUGAGUUUCCUUCUACAAAGCCAGUUCACAAACGUGACCAAUAGAAGGAGCCUUUCCUGUUAUAAGAUACAGUACCUACAGUAUGUAUGUUGAGCAUACAAAACUGUUUCCAUUUCAUUAGAACUGACCUUAAAAAUGAUCACUAAGAAAAAAUGGACACAAAAAUUAUGUUGUGCUUUAAAAGCAUUUUGAAAAUGGCAUAGGGUAUGUGGAACAUCUCAAUAUGCCACUGUAUUUAUACCAUUUUAAUGUCAAUGCUGUACCAAGCAAUACACACCAGCAAAAAAAAAAUAUAUUAACCAAAAAAAAGAAAAGAAAAAAAAAACUUAAAGGAAAAACAAACUCUUUCUGCUCACAAAAGGAAACAGUUUAGUCCUGAUGGAAAUUGCUUAAAAAUAUAGAUGUCUUAGAACACCGCUUAUGUUUUUGUUCGUUCAUUGUGCAUGUUCAUUUCUGCCCACAACCAUGUUCUCUGUGUAUUUUAUUGCAUUAAAGUUAAAAAAAAAAAAAUCAGGCAGUCGCGAUGUCUGUUACAUCUAAACUUGAAUAAUAAAGUUUUACCACCAGUUAUAAAAUUAA